UCUCAUGUCAGCAGGCGCCUGUCGCCGUCGGUUUAUAUUUGUUGAUAGUUUUUGGGUUAAGUUUUGAACUCGUAAAGUUUUUAAUUUAUUACUUCGUUUCUUACACAAAUCCUCAAUACAAUGUCGAAUAGCAACUUAUUUAUGAAAACAGGAUUUGUUAGAGCUCCUCUACAAAAUGGUGUUGGCCGCUAUGUGUGUCAGCUUCAAAGGAUAGUUUUUAAAUUUUGCAAAAGCCACGGUGGUAGUCGGGGUUUAAGAGAUUUUAUAGAACAAGACUUAGUGGACUUCGCCAAGAAUAAUCCAAGUGUAGUUGUCUAUUUGAAGCCUCGUAGACACAGAUCACCUGUUAUUGUUGGUGAAUAUUUAAACGGAGACAGAGUUUGGAUGUCCGUUAACCAAAGAACUCAUUCGGAAAUUACAAAAUGGAUAGAAAACCUCCGCACCCAACAAGGCAAUUUGUCAGAAAUACGUCUUCGUAAAUAUCAGUACACUGAUCACCCGUCAAUACAAGGGCCAUGGACACCAUUUACAUACAAAAACCCAGAAUUGAAUAUUGCAGAAUUGCCCAAUGUGAAAUUUGGUGAAAAUAAUCGUUUGCCUAUUUCCGCUACUGAACAGUUGAGAUUGAUGUUUGAAAAGCAAAAGCUGAGCGAUGUUAAAACUGCAGAAUAGAUGUUUGAAGAUUAAUAAUCUUAGUUUUAUUGUGCAGUACCUUGUGUUAACAUCUAUGUUAUGAUAUUUUUUGUAUAUCAACGUCGAUGCUUUUCUUUGAACAUCGAUGAUCAUCGAUCAUCCCUUAUUAGUAGUAAUUUGUAAGCGUUAUAAUGGUGCUAGUAGAACACCUUAAAUAGUACUUCUGUAAAUUUAACACUGCAUAUUUAAUUAAUUAAUGAACCAAUUCGAAUUAGGGUCUUGCAAGAACCAAUUCUUAAAAGGCCGGCAACGCACUCGCGAGCUCACUGGCAUUAACUGUCCAUGAAGCAUCUUACAGAAUUAUUGAUAGGAAAAAUGAUAGCCAAUAGAAUUGAAAUGUAGAUAUAGUAAUAAAGAAUUAUUAAGUUG